CUAAUCAAGUUCUUGAAUUAGAUUGAAGAAUUAAAGAAAAAAUAAAUCAAACUUCUAUAGCACAAUUUGCUUCGAUGUCGUUAAUUGUUAUUACAUAUAUGUAUGUAACAAUUGUGAUGUUAAUUACACUAUUGUAUUUCUUGUUUUAUUUUUAAUUUUGAAAUUUAUUUAUUUGUGACAGAAAAAAGACUAAUAUAAAUUAUUCAAUUUUCAUAUCUAAAUUUAAAAAUUACGGAACUUUAACCUAACUUCUUUAAUAUAUAUGGCCGUCUAGUUUCAUUACCAGCGACUUCGUUAUAUGCAUAACAAGUGCAUAACAUUGUAGGAACCUAACCCCUGCAGAUAACGAAAGAUUAAUGUGUUAUAUCUAUUUGACAAAAUGUAUAUAUAAUUCAUUAAUAAUAAAGAUUGUGAAAGAAUAUGAAAGCAAUAAUACAACGUGUAACGAGUGCCUCUGUUACAGUGGACGGUAAAGUUAUUAGCAGUAUUGGAAAUGGAAUCUGCGUAUUAAUUGGUAUAAAAAGAGGUGACACUUUGGAUGACUUAAAGUAUAUAGUAAGAAAAAUUUUAAAUACCAAACUUUUUGAAAAUGGUAACAAGAAAUGGAGUGCCAGUGUUAUGGAUAAAAAGUAUGAGAUUUUGUGCGUCAGCCAGUUUACAUUGUAUCAUGUUUUAAAAGGAAAUAAACUUGAUUUUCAUAGAGCAAUGCCAGCUCAAGAGUCAGAACAAUUUUAUAAUAACUUUUUGAAUGAGUUGGGUAAAAAUUAUAAACCAGAACUAAUUAAAGAUGGUAUAUUUGGAGCUAUGAUGGAAGUUAGCAUACAAAAUAACGGACCUGUUACUUUAGAAAUAGAAUCUCCAAGUAAGCCUACAGAGAAUAGUACAAAGAUAUCUGAAAAGCUUAAUAAUGAUUUUACAGAAUAAAUAAUUGCUUACUUUUAUAUUUACUUUAAUUAAUUUUAUUUCUUAUUUUUUUUUUGUUACCAAUAUUCUAUUAAUAGUGAAGUAUAAUGAAAAUAUAAAAACAUAGAGAUAUGUUUUUUGUUGUAAUAAUAUUUACUUAUUUACUGAAAUUCCAAAAUCUAUUUAACAAGAUUGACCUUCUCUAAUUCAUCUGGUGUAAAUCGUAGAACUGUAGAUAUAGCAUUUAAUAUAUGUCGUUUGCUCGAUGAAUCAUUUGUGGUUAAAUAAUUGAUAAGUACAUUUUUCAAAUAUUCUAAAUUAGCUCCUUCUCUAGAUUUACAUGCUUCUAACCUGAAUUGUAAGAAUAUAUACAAAAAUAUAUGUUUGCCUUUUAUAUAUA